AGCGUCGCUCUUCAGGACAGAUGACUGUGUGCUGUGUGUGAGCGAGCGCCCUCAUUCUCCGUUCAGCUCAUUAAACAUGUAACGCGCUCCGCUGAACACGAGAUGUUUUAUUUCAUAUUUGUUUUAUUUUCCUGUCAAAAGAGCACCCGUUUGGAUCACUUAAGCUCUCUAAUGGCAGAAUAGACGCCGGGAGAGACGAUCUGUUUGUGUGUCUGCUUCUUAAGCCGAUAAAGAAAAGGAAAUUCAGCUAUAUUUAUCCCGUGUGUCCUGACCGGGAACAUGUCUUCGGCACAAGAUGAGAGCUCAGUGCGCGUGGCUGUCAGGGUUCGUCCACAGUUGGCAAAGGAAAAGAUAGAGGGAUGUCACAUCUGCACGUUUGUGACCCCUGGGGAGCCCCUGGUUGUUUUGGGAAAAGACAAGGCCUUCACGUUUGAUUAUGUUUUAGACAUGGACUCGCAGCAGGACACUAUCUACAGCAACUGCACUGAGAAACUCAUCGAAGGCUGUUUUGAAGGAUAUAAUGCCACUAUCUUCGCUUAUGGACAGACUGGUUCGGGAAAGACCUACACCAUGGGCACGGGUUUUGACGUUAACAUCACUGAUGAGGAGUUGGGAAUUAUUCCACGGGCGGUCAGUCACCUCUUUAGGGGCAUCGAGGAGCGCAGACAGGCUGCCACAGAACAAGGGCGACCCGUACCUGAGUUUAAGGUCAACGUCCAGUUCUUAGAGUUGUACAAUGAGGAGGUGCUGGACCUGUUUGAUUCCACUCAAGAUGUGGAGGCCCGCAAGCACAGAUCCAACAUUAAGAUCCAUGAAGAUGCCAAUGGAGGGAUUUACACAGUGGGAGUCACAACACGAACUGUUAGCUCAGAAGCAGAGAUGAUGCAGUGUCUCAGAUUGGGCGCUCUGUCCCGCACCACCGCCAGCACUCAGAUGAAUGUCCAGAGCUCACGCUCACAUGCCAUCUUCACCAUCCACCUGUGCCAAGUUCGCGUCUGUGCCUCAGACAAUGACACAGAGACCGAUAACAGACUGGUGAAUGGCUCCUCAGAAAUGAACGAGUUUGAGACGCUAACAGCUAAGUUUCACUUUGUGGAUUUAGCCGGCUCUGAGCGGCUGAAGAGAACAGGGGCCACAGGGGACCGAGCCAAAGAGGGCAUCUCUAUCAACUGCGGACUGUUAGCUCUUGGCAAUGUGAUCAGCGCUUUGGGUGACAGGAGCAAACGCUCCACACAUGUGCCUUACCGUGACUCCAAACUCACUCGCCUGCUUCAAGAUUCCCUAGGAGGAAACAGUCAGACAGUGAUGAUUGCCUGCAUCAGUCCAUCAGAUAGAGACUUCAUGGAGACCCUAAACACACUAAAAUAUGCAAACCGUGCUCGCAACAUCAAGAACAAAGUGAUGGUGAACCAGGACCGGGCCAGUCAACAGAUCAGCGCUCUGAGAACAGAGAUUGCCCGGCUGCAAAUGGAGCUCAUGGAGUACAAGACGGGCAAGCGUAUGGUUGGCGAGGAUGGACUAGAAAGCAUCAAUGACAUGGUGCAUGAGAAUUCCAUGCUGCAGACAGAAAACAAUAACCUGCGUGUACGGGUGAAGGCAAUGCAGGAAACCAUUGAUGCCCAGAGAGCCAGACUCACCCAGCUACUCAGUGACCAGGUCAACCAGACCCUCGCCAGAGCAGGUGAAGGGAAUGAAGAGAUCGGAAACAUGAUCGAGAAUUACAUCAAAGAGAUUGAGGAGCUCAGGGCUAAGCUACUGGAGAGUGAGGCUAUAAAUGAAAACCUGCGGAAGAACCUGUCCCGCACCUCCACCCGCUCCUCAUUUUACGGUCCGACCUCCAUUACCCCCGGCCACCUUGCACCCGAAAAAGACGCUACAGAAAUCAUUGAAAUCGCAAAGAAAGACCUGGAGAAACUGAAGAAAAAGGAGAAGAAGAAAAAGAAGAGGUAAGCUACUGACAUUGAUGCUUAUAACUAUGCAGCUGAGGAACAAGAAACUCAGAUUUCCUUUUUAUCCCUGGACAAAGGAGGUGUCAUAAAGGAGGAGGGGCCAGAUAAUGAGCAGGAUAAAGAGGCCUCCGAAAGAGCAAAUGAGGAGCCAGAAGCGGAUGUGAGUGAUCAUGAUGAAGGGGAGGAAGCUGAGGGUGAUGAAGAGGAGGAUGAGAUGGAGGUAGACAGCUCUGAUGAGUCUGACUCUGAGGAGGAAAAAGAGGACUUCCAGGCGGAUCUGGCCAACAUCACGUGUGAGAUCGCCAUCAAACAGCGGCUGAUCGAUGAACUGGAGAACAGUCAGAGGCGUCUGCACACGCUCAAACAACAGUAUGAGCAGAAACUUAUGAUGCUGCAGAGCAAAAUCAGAGACACACAGCUGGAGAGAGACCGUGUCCUGCAAAACAUGGGAUCAGUGGAGUCAUGUACGGAGGAGAAAGCAAAGAAGAUAAAGUCCGAAUACGAGAAGAAGUUGAACUCCAUGAACAAGGAGAUGCAGAAACUGCAGUCGGCACAAAAAGAACAUGCACGCCUGCUGAAGAACCAAUCACAGUACGAGAAACAGCUGAGGAAGCUACAGCAGGAAGUGACUGAGAUGAAGAAAACCAAGGUGGUUUUGAUGAAACAGAUGAAGGAACAGCAGGAGAAGAACCGAGUCACGGAGACCCACCGCAACCGAGAGAUCGCCACACUCAAGAAAGACCAUCGCAAACAGGAGCACCAGCUAAGGCAGCUUGAAGCUCAAAAGAGACAGCAGGAGCUCAUUCUGCGCAGGAGGGCAGAGGAGAUAACUGCCCUGAGGCGCCAGGUGCGACCAGCAUCAGGCAAGGUUAACCGUAAGAUCAGUUUACCAGAGCCUUUGCAGGAGUCUUCACCCCGUACGGCUCUUGUCCGACCACAAAGCACUGGGGCCACAGCUCCUUACGGGACAAGAAAGUACCUGAUGAGAACAGGAGGGGUGUACUCUACCAGGACGGCGCGGGCCAAAUGGCAGUCAUUAGAGCGGCGCAUUAGUGACAUCAUCAUGCAGAGGAUGACCAUCUCCAAUAUGGAGACUGACAUGAACCGCUUGCUUAAGCAACGUGAGGAGUUGACCAAACGCAGAGAGAAGGUGAUAAGGAAGAGGGACAAAAUUGCCAGCGAAGACACAGAUGCUGAUAGGACUAUUCUCUCUCUUACUGAAGAGAUGGAGUCGCUGACUGCUAACAUCGAGUACAUCAACGACAGCAUUGCAGACUGCCAGGCCAACAUCAUGCAGAUGGAAGAGGCCAAGGAGGAGGGAGAUAAAGUGGACGUCUCUGCUGUGAUCAGCUCAUGCACUCUAUCAGAGGCCCGUGUCCUACUCGACCACUUCCUCCUUAUGGCCAUCAAUAAGGGCUUACAAGCUGCACAGAAGGAGUCUCAGAUCAAAGUGAUGGAGGGUCGUUUGAAACAAACCGAGAUAAACAGCGCCACACAGAACCAGCUGCUCUUCCACAUGCUGAAGGAGAAAGCAGAGCUCAACCCUGAGCUGGACGCUCUGCUCGGGAAUGCUCUCCAAGAACUAGGUAGCGUGCCAUCGGAAAAUGGUGAUGAAAGCAGCAGUGAUGAAUCAGCACAGAGUCCAACCACAGAGAAAAGGUGAAGCACUACAGUCAGGCCAAUAAAACUCUUUAAACUGAAUUGGAAAUCUGUCUUGAUGUCAUUUGCUCGCAGAAGAACCACCACCCAAAUGGAGCUGCUGUACGCAAACUCUGGUGACCCCGACGCCCCUCCAGAGGAUUUCUCUGCCCCUUUGCUUCCUGUUGUGGAGAGUCCAGAAGGACAUAAAGAACCGGCACCCAUUCCCCACUUAGGGGACAGAGACUCAGUGGCCUUCAGCUCUAGCUUGGCAUCCAAGACACAUGCUGUCUCCAGUGGCAGAUCUCCCACGGCUACAGAAAGGAGGUCUCUGGACCGCUCGCCUCUCACCCGCAGAAGAGCUCAGGACAGGAGCCAGAAUCAUACAGAAAGAACCAAAACUCUGGACAAACAAGGUGCGGCAAGCCCAACUCCGGCGGCCCGCUCCAGUCAAGCAGCCAGACUGCAGUGUGUGCACGUGGCAGAGGGUCAUACUAAACCCCUGCUGUGUGUGGACUCAACAGAUGAUCUGCUCUUCACUGGUUCAAAGGAUCGCACAUGUAAGGUGUGGAACCUGGUAACUGGUCAGGAGAUCAUGUCUCUUGGCGAUCAUCCCAGCAGUGUAGUGUCAGUCCGAUACUGUUCCAGCCUGGUCUUCACUGUCUCUACUGCUUAUGUCAAAGUAUGGGACAUCCGUGACUCCGCCAAAUGCAUCCGCACCCUCACUUCUUCUGGACAGGUGUCUCAAGGUGAUACGUGUGGGAGCAGUUCUGUUGCCAUUCCUCCAGGGGAAAAUCAGAUCAAUCAGAUCGCCCUCAAUUCUUCCGGAACAUUCCUUUAUGCUGCAUCAGGCAACACGGUCAGGAUGUGGGACUUGAGAAGGUUUGUAUCUACUGGGAAACUGACGGGACAUCUGGGGCCGGUAACGUGUCUUAUGGUAGACCAGGUGGGGAAGGGUCAAGAUGUGGUCAUAACAGGCUCAAAAGAUCACACCGUGAAGAUGUUUGACGUGGGGGAAGGCGCUCAGGGCAGCAUCAGCGCCACACAUCAUUUCGACCCAUCCCAUCAGGAUGGGCUGGAGGCUCUGGCCAUUCACGGCGAAACACUUUUUACUGCUGCCAGAGACUCCUGCAUUAAAAAAUGGGACUUAACCCGCAAACAGCUACAAGAGCAGGUAGAACGGGCUCAUUCUGAUCUGCUGAGCUCUCUGGCGGUGGUCCCUGGCUCCAGCGCUGUUAUGAGUGGCUGCAAGGGCGGAUUGCUCAAAUUCUGGCACACAGACACGCUUAGAGCUCUGGGAGAAAUAAGGGGUCAUGACAGCUCUGUCAAUGACAUCUGCACAAACAGCAGUCAGCUCUUUACCGCCUCAGAUGACCGGACAGUGAAGAUUUGGCAUGUGAAAGGAUCUUUAGAGGACGGCAUUCACUGAUGAGAACAGAAGGUCACUGUGUGAAGGUUUUGGCUUCCUACAAGAAUUUCCUUUACCAAUGUGACGCUUCUUUCCCGAAACUCUGGCAGCAAUUUAGAGGAGAGCUUCCUGUUGUAACUGCUGUAUAUUUCCUCAUGUAAAGUGUUGAAGUGUCUUGUUUAGCUGUUGCUGACCGUAAAGGGGGAUGUUGUAGGUCAAUAAGUGUUGAUGUGGCACCUUCCUGAAGCUGGGCUUUGGGCAUCACAGACUGCCGAAUGAGCAGUGCGUUUAAGAAGCACAUGUGUUUGUGAAUAUCAUGUUGACUGGACUGAACCGAUAUGCUCUUAUAUUAUUUAUCAAUAUUGAUGUCAGCUCUUUUCAGAUGUUUGUUGACCAAAGUUCGACUCUUUUUGUGUGAAUCUUUCCAAUGGUCUCAGUGCAACCGUACUGUAGACUUAACUGCACUGGAAUGGUACAAUGAUAUAUGCACCAGUGUCUCUGUCUACUUUGUGUUUUACCUUUAUAUUAAGCCUCAGCUGGUUCUUUUUCAUUUUCUGGUCGAAACUUUUGAGUAUGCUGUACAAAAUUUUUCCUCUGAUGUACUGUAGUUAUUAUCAAUGUCAGAUGGUGAGUGAAAUAAACUACAUCUGUCAAAAUUU